AGAGAUUAGAGCAAAGAGUCUGCCAUCAGCUCCAUCUAAGCGGCUUAGAGCUUCUGCUUGGGCUCCUUGCCACAGUGAAACUCUGGACCAUGGCCUUUUUCUCCUGUCUAGAUCUGCAGGAAGGCCUCCGAACACUCUCCGUAUUACAGUUGAUUCCAGUUUACGUAAUUUUAGGAGCUCUUUCUAUCCUGGGUAUACCCUAUUCCCUGCUGUUCACUAGCUUAUGGCCUUUGUCUGUGCUCUUCUUAGCCUGGGUUGCCUAUGAUUGGAACACUCACAGUCAAGAUGGUAGGCGUUCAGCUUGGGUACGAAAUUGGACUCUCUGGAAAUAUUUCCAAAGCUACUUCCCAGUAAAGCUGGUGAAGACCCAUGACCUUUCUCCCAAACACAACUACAUCAUUCUCUGCCACCCCCAUGGCAUUCUCAGUUAUGGUGCCUUCAUCAACUUUGCUACUGAGGCCACUGGCUUUUCCAGGGUUUUCCCUUCUAUCACUCCCUCUUUAGCAACCUUGGAAGGGAUCUUCUGGAUCCCAUUUGUGCGAGACUAUGUGAUGUCCAUGGGUAUUUGUCCAGUGAGUGAGGUGGCCCUGAAGCACAGACUGACCCAGAAAGGCUCCGGCAAUGCUGUGAUCAUUGUGCCAGGUGGAGCUUCUGAAUCCCUCUUGUGCCGCCCAGGAGUCUCCACGGUCUACCUCAAAAAACGCAAAGGUUUUGUGAAGCUAGCACUGAAGACAGGAGCAUAUCUUGUUCCUUCUUACUCCUUUGGUGAGAAUGAGGCUUACAACCAAGAGACCUUUCCUGAAGGCACAUGGCUAAGGUUCUUCCAAAAAAACUUCCAGAAAAUUGGCAAAAGAAUCCUAGGCAUAAAUUUCUGUACUUUUCAUGGCAGGGGCCUCACUAGGGGAUCCUGGGGCAUUUUGCCUUUCAACCAUCCCAUUACCACUGUUGUUGGAAAACCCUUGCCAGUCCCCAAGAUCCUUGAUCCCGACAAGGAGACCGUGACAAAGUACUUUGAACUUUACAUCAGUGCCCUACGCAAGCUGUUUGACCAACACAAAGCUGAAUAUGGCUUCUCCAAGACCCAGGAGUUGACAAUUAUAUGAAUUGAAAUCUCUGUAACUGAAGUUCAAAUACACAAGAGAUCCAGGUGAAGCCACAUGGAAGGAAGAAUUUGGGGAGAGGCAGAUUUUAAAGAUGUAAAGAGAUACCAACCAAGCUGGAAAUACUUACUGAAUUGACAAUCCAGCAACUGAAUCCCCACCCAAGUAACCAAGACAGAUUUGAGUAAAGACAAGGCCUUUACUGGUGAGGGAUUGUUGUUUUAUGACAAUAAACCAAGUCAUUUUCAUUGAAUUCCCAAUGAAAAUAAUGAGAAGACAAAGUAUUCUGUGCCCCUUCCCCACAAACCUUAGUGACAUUCUUAGUAUAUAGGUUUAAGCUUAGCAGCUUUACUUAGAACAAGGCUUGUUUUAAUACUCUAAGUCAGGCCCUUCCUUUAUGAUUUAAAGACUGGGUAAAUUAGGGGGUCCUGAACUGUGGCUUCCUAUUUCAAACAGGCAAAACUCCAUCAGUAUUUCAGAUGGCAGAGCU